AUGAGGACAAAUCAGAACCGGAUAAUAUUACCGGCUCCCAAUUUUGCAGGAAGUCACCACCUGGAACCCCACGAAAGACAUGAACAAGUCGAAAAAGAGCCUGAAGCGGUCAAGAACCACGAAGAAAGGCACCACGAGUACCAUGGCGAAAAGAGAGGCCUUCAUGGUAUAAAAGAGCCGCUUGAACCUCAUGAAGGAAAACACCAUAACGAACGUCACGAAAGAAAGCAUAACGAAGAGAAAGAAGAAACGGGUAAAUUCCAUGAAGAGAGACAUCUUUCAGAGAGACAU